CCACGCUACACGGUAUCUGCACUCUGCACACACGCACUCGCAUAGAGAGAUAAAGAGAGUUAAAUUGUGUGUUGCGUUGUGAAGCAUGACAUGACAGGGACAGAGACACAUUGCUUACUGUUUAUAAUUUCGUCAACUGUCAUCAUUUUGAUACAAUAGAGAAGAGAAGAGAGAAUUUUCAUUUGUUUGAAUUAGGAAGAAAGAAAAGAAGGGGAAUGAAUUUUGGGAGUUAGUAGGAAUAGUAAUGGCGAAGAGGGAGCGAGUGAGAGGAGUGUCGGCGUCGGAAUUGAAGGAGAGGUUGAGGGAAUUGGUGAAGGUUAUCGUUGACUCCGACGACUACACGGUGGCAGCCGCCGACGAAGCCAUCGCCACCCUUUCGGCUCUCAAACAUUUAAAGUCUCCAGACUCUUUGGACGACUUUCCCCUUCCUCCCGAAUUUCGAUGCCCCAUUUCAACCCAAUUGAUGACGGAUCCCGUUAUCUUAUCCACCGGCCAGACUUAUGAUAGGCCAUUCAUUCAAAGGUGGUUGGAUGAGGGCCACAGAACGUGUCCGCAGACCCAGCAGGUCCUGUCUCACUCCAUUUUAACACCUAAUUACUUGGUCCGGGACAUGAUUGUGCAGUGGUGUAGGGAGCGUGGAAUUGAGCUUCCUGAGACUGUUAAGGACAUUGAUGAAGUGGUCACUAAUGCGGAUAGGAACCAUUUGAAUUCGUUGCUUCGGAAGUUGUCAUUGUCUGUUUCUGAUCAGAAACAAGCUGCCAAGGAGCUUCGCCUUUUGACAAAGCGAAUGCCUUCGAUUCGAAUCCUUGUUGGGGAGUCCAGUGAUGUGAUUCCCCAAUUGCUGAGUCCAUUAUCAUCGCCUGUCACGGCUUCUACUGAUCCUGAUCUCCAUGAGGACUUGAUCACCACGGUUCUCAAUCUCUCUAUCCAUGAUGAUAACAAAAAGGCCUUUGCAGAGGAUCCUGCAGUGAUUUCUCUGCUUAUUGAUGCCUUGAAAAGUGGAACAAUUCAAACGAGGAGCAAUGCUGCUGCUGCUAUUUUCACAUUGUCCGCGCUUGAUUCCAACAAACACAUCAUUGGAAAAUCCGGGGCUAUCAAGCAUUUGCUUGAGCUUUUGGAUGAGGGACAGCCAUUGGCCAUGAAAGAUGCUGCUUCGGCAAUAUUUAACCUUUGUCUAGUGCACGAGAAUAAAGGGAGGACAGUGCGAGAUGGGGCGGUUCGGGUUAUUCUGAACAAGAUGAUGGACCACAUUCUAGUUGAUGAGUUGUUGGCUAUACUGGCACUCCUAUCCAGUCAUCCCAGGGCUGUUGAAGAAAUGGGUGAUCUAGGUGCUGUUCCUUUGUUAUUGGGGAUUAUUAGGGAGAGUGCAUCAGAGAGGAGCAAGGAAAAUUGUGUUGCAAUUCUGUAUACAAUCUGUUUUAGUGAUAGAACUAAGUUGAAGGAAAUUAGAGAAGAAGAAAAAGCAAAUGGUACACUGUCAAAGCUUGCACAUUGUGGAACUUCAAGGGCCAAAAGGAAAGCUAACGGUAUUCUUGAAAGGUUUAAUAGAUCCCCCUCCUUAACACACACUGCUUAGUGAAAUUAAACCUCGGGGAUUAGGAAAUCACCACUCUGUAAAUAGUUUUUCUUGUGUUCUUCUGUACAAGCACAAACCAUCUCGGGUAGCUGUAAAAAUGGGAAAGAGAAGUUCACAUAUUAUGUACAGAACCUUCACUUACAAUCAGGGUGAAUGAGCAAAGAGUUUGUUACUUAUUCCUUUA